AAUUCCAUUCUUAAAACCUUUUAAAGAUUAAAACGUCAAAAGUUUUUUUAUAAAAGGAAGAGAAGUGAUCAGGUGUGGUGACGUGUAGGAUAUGAAAUACUUGUUGGAGCUCGUCGUGCCUUGUUUUGGUUCACAACAGUUCCAAGAAUCCGCCGCAACCGUAGAAGAUUCGGUUUCAGACGAAACGCAAACGCUAAUGAAACAGCGGAGGCGGCGGAAACGCGUUAGAGUGGCUGGUCAACCUGGACAAGUGGCAGAGUGGAGACCGUCGCUUAGCGUUAUCUCCGAGAACAAACCGGCAAUAACGAAGAUAUCGGAAAAGGACGAAGAAAAGAAGAAAGUUCGUCGGAAAAGUGAAGCUAACGGCGGCGGUGACGCGUCGUCACGUUCCGGCGGUGGUCAUGUUCGUUUCCGUAGUGACGAUUUCGGGAGAAAUGCUUUUGAACCGGUGAUUCCGGCAUUCUCACCGACUCCGUUCAUGUUUUGAGUUUAGUUUGUGGUGAAAUUUAUGUGUAUAAUAUAUUAAUAAAUAUGUUAAUGUUAA